GGAAUUGAAAAUUUUCUUUGCUUGAAACUUGGUGGAAGGGGCAGGCACUCAGCUGGAAAAGGGAAACGAAGUAAGUGUGCAAAGAAGCUGGAAUGGAGCAAUCAUCUUCUCCAGGAACGAACCCGGUUGAGUUAAGCAACUCCAUUGAAGAGCUUUUGAAGUUCACUCUCCAAUCUCACCUCAAUGGAACUCUUGAAUUGGAUAUUGGGCUCUCAAAACAAUUCUGCUCAUCUCUCCUCAAUCACCCUUCAACCAGUCCCAUCUCCCUAAAUGCCUCAAGUUCCUCAGAAGCCUCUCAGAAUCCUUUAUACAAACAGUUGGCACGGGCCUUAUAUGAAAUUAUAACUUUUGGUUCACUUCAAGAGUCAUCUGACUGUAAUAAAGUGGCAUCAUUUUGUCAAGGAAGUGACUUGAAGCAGAAAGACGACUGGUUUGAUUUAGUUCAUAAAGAAGGAUCUGAAUUAGCUGAAAUAUUGAAGAACAUUAAUUUUGAACUUCAUGUUCAGGAGCCUUUCUUCACUCAGUUAAAAGAUGGCAUCAAAGCAGUAGAAGGAAGAUGUGCUGUUGGCGACUAUAAUAGAAUUGCAACUGGAGCUUUGAUCCUCUUCAACAAAUGCUUGGUACUUGAGGUUCAGGAUGUUCAUUAUUAUGCUUCAUUCUUUGAGAUGUUAGAAGCCGAGAGUCUUGCAAAGGUCCUACCUGGAGUUAAAACCAUAGAUGAAGGUGUUCAAGUUUACAGGAAGUUUUACACAGAAGAGAAGGAAAAGACAAAUGGUGUAGCUGCAAUUUGCGUUGCAAAAAUGGCUGCUCAACCCUACCUUUCAUUGGCCAGAAUACUAUCUUGUGCAGGAAAUCAUUCAAAGGCAAAAAGAAAGUGGACUGCUCAUGAUGUUGCAACACAGAGCUUGGAUGUCGCAACACAUCAAGCAGAAUACCCAAAGAACAAUCUGUCAUUGGUGUCGUGACACAAGCCAGAGGAUGUCGCGACACAGCCUUGAAGACACGCCCAAAUAAACAAACUGCCCUCAGUGUCGCGACAUAGGCCAAAGGGUGUUGCGACACCUACGCGGCGUGGUCACUUACUGGACUAGGGGUGUUUUCAUCUGCACAAUGAACUUUAACGAAGAUUAGUCAACCAUUUUAGGUCAAGGACGGGUUGCUAACCCUAGACCUAUAAAUAUGAUUGCUCAAAAUAGUUUAGAGGAUAGUUUUUCCUUAGUUUAAUUUUACUUUCAUUUGAGUUUAGAUUUCUUUUGCUUGUAAUCUUUAUUUUAGUUUUUAUUCUGUUCUUCCAGAGAUCUGGAUUGUAGCUUUGUCGGAUUCAUUGCGGAGUGUUGUUUGCACAUCAAUAUUAUAUAUAUCAGGAUCUUUCUCAUCUUUA